UGACGAAGGGCAUCCCCCACCGGAAACAUCCGAGAACAACCGAUUGCUACCGCUAUCGUGACCAGGGACUGGCAUACUUUGUAAGGCGCAUUUUCACUGUUGAUGGCGUAGACUGUUGACCCUUGUAAAUUCUUAUUCUGGAGACACGGGAACAAGCGACAUCUUCUCCCCUCGCCGCAUUGGCGUGCUUGGGAAUACGGCUACGGUGGAUGACGUCACGUGCCCUAACAUCAACAAAGUUAGCCGUGAGAGACCACCAUCUUUUACACGUACGAUUAAUGCAAUCGGGUUUUUGCAAAACUAGAAAAAAUGUUUAAUCAUCGAAGCAAAGAUUGAAAGGACAGAUCCUUGGCCAUCGCGUGCCAUAAAGGUGAAUUUCCAGUUUGUUUGCAAGGAAUGUCUAGCGGGAACACUUGGGGACCGCCAUCUUGGACCACAAACAGCUCUAGUGGAAAUUCAUCGGUACAAAAUCGCGGCCAAGGCUACAAUAUGGACAAUUUAGGUCUGGACCCCAGGAAACAAGAAUUGCUCGAACAAAGAUUUCUCGGAGGAAGGUUCCAGCCCUUGACUGUGGGUGUCCCCCCACACCACCCGGUUGUUGGUGGGAGCCUCCCCCCGCAGACUCAACAGCUUCACCCCCAGCAUCAUCCUCAGCCAACACCACAGCAACAACAGCAGCAACAGGAAAACAGCAACCUCAGUGCUGGCUCAAUAGACAGAGAUGAAGAGGCCCAGGUCCACACCCCCGACAAGUCUCGGACACCGUCGGAGAGGAAACGGAAACGGAAGACAGUAACCGAUGAAGGUGGUGUUCCAAAGAGUGGUCGCUCAGAAGCAAAUGGCAAAAAGAUAAACGAGUAUUUCAAGCAGAGCCAGUCUCCUAGUCGCAGUAUUAUCCCCCCUUCCGGAGCCAAGUCCCCCUCCCCGCAGGCUGCCACAAGUUAUUUGGCAGCUUCCCCCCAGUCUUCAUCGACAUGCAACUCUGACAUUAUUCCGAGCUACCCCGUGAGGCCUGUGUACAGCUGCUCCAAGGGAGCACAGGAGGAUGUGGAUCAGGCGCUACCGAAAAGGACAUCACCUUCUCGGUUCAGCGCCAACGUUUCUAAAAUGCCGAUGCCAAAGAGGCAGAAUCGAUCACCUAACACCAUUCACAAUGGCACAGACACCCAGACUGACAUGUCAAUGGCCAGCAUCCACUCGAUGGAGUCGCGGUCUGUAACAGAUAUAGAACAGAAAGAUACCAAAAUAGAAGACCUAAUACGGCAAAAUGAUGAGCUCAGGAGGCAGUUAACAGCUCAACAAAAACUUUUAGAAAAACACAAAGAAAAUUUGCAGAAAUGUUUGGAGGUCAACAAGUCUUUACUUAUAGAAAAGAGUACAUUAGUGAAAAAAGAGACAAGACAGAAGUGUAUGGAGAACCGAUUGAGAUUAGGGCAGUUCGUGACACAGCGGCAGGGUGCAACGUUCGUGGAGAACUGGGUGGACGGCUGGGCUUUCACAGACCUCAUGAACAGGCGGAUUCGUGAUCCAAGCAAUAAGAAAAGACAACAAGAGAGGAUAGGAACGGACCGCGAAGACAUAGAUAAACAGAGGAGGCUACUCAUGAAGAGGAAACCCACCAUGUCGACAGGGAAAAACUCCAAACAACACGAGUUUCUCAAACCAGGGCAAGAGAAACCGUUAACGUUAGCAGAGUUUUACGAGCAGGACGAGAUCCUGAAGUUACGACAAGCGACCUUGAAAAAAGAGGAUGCUGACCUUCAGUUGGAGUUGGAGAAGCUUGAGAGAGAACGUAACCUGCAUAUACGAGAACUCAAACGCAUUCACAAUGAAGAUAACUCAAGGUUUAAGGAUCAUCCAACGUUAAACGAGAGAUACCUGUUGCUGUGCAUGCUGGGAAAAGGGGGUUUCAGUGAAGUACACAAGGGUUUUGAUUUGAAGGAACAGAGAUAUGUCGCAUGUAAAAUUCACCAGUUGAAUCGUGAAUGGAAAGAAGAUAAGAAAGCUAACUAUAUCAAACAUGCUCUUAGGGAGUAUAACAUUCACAAGAGCCUAGACCACCCAAGGAUAGUUAGAUUGUAUGAUGUUUUUGAAAUUGACAAUAAUUCAUUUUGUACAGUGUUAGAGUAUUGUGAGGGCAACGACCUUGACUUUUACUUGAAACAGAACAAGUGCAUUCCAGAGAAGGAGGCCCGCUCUAUCAUCUGUCAGACAGUCAGUGCCCUCCGCCAUCUCAAUGAGAUCAAGCCAGCUGUGAUACAUUAUGACCUUAAACCAGGUAAUAUCCUGUUAGGAAGUGGGUCCGUGAGUGGCGAGAUCAAAAUCACCGAUUUUGGUCUGAGCAAGAUCAUGGACGAUGAAAACUUCUCCCCCGACAUUGGGAUGGAUCUCACAUCUCAAGGGGCAGGAACAUACUGGUACUUGCCCCCCGAGUGUUUUGUUGUGGGUAAAACGCCGCCAAAGAUUUCUUCCAAAGUUGAUGUGUGGUCGGUCGGUGUGAUAUUCUACCAGUGUCUGUAUGGUAAAAAGCCAUUUGGCCACAACUUGUCUCAGGCGGCCAUCUUGGAGGAGAACACAAUUCUUAAAGCUACAGAGGUUGACUUCCCUCCUAAACCCCCCGUCUCAUCAGAAGCUAAGGCAUUUAUCCGGCGCUGUCUUCAGUACAAGAAGGACUUCCGGCCCGACGUGCUGAUGCUUGCUCAGGAUGACUAUCUGAAACCCCCACAACUCAAAUCCAAGUGAACAUCUGGACAACAGCCUGGUGAGUCAGUCACCAGGGAGCAGCAACUCGACACAGGGACCGACCAUCAACCUGAAUCAGUCUCCGUCAUUCUCCUUCGGGGAUAAAUACUCAUAGCUCAACAUAGGGGACACUUCUGGGAAAAGGCCAAACAAUGUCUGAAGCAGUCGCUACAGACCAACUGCAUCUGGGUCAAACUCGUCAUAGCAUUCAAUCUCCCUUUGUUGUGGAGAUAACCACAUAUGCAAGCUCACUGCAUUGGAAGCCUGUUGCCAUGGUUUUGUCUUGGUAUCCAUGGUAACCAUUUCCAAGACUUUACUUUCAAGAAAAUAAAUGAAUCAUCCUGCCUCGCCAUAUUUCUAAACUAUUUUGCUGUGAGACAUCCAGUGAUCACGCUCGCGGAGUUGCAUACAGGAAUGCAUGUGAUGGGGCCCUCAAAUACUGGUGCAAGGGUCGUCAUGGAGAUCCAAGGUGUCUUCAUGGAGAUCCAAGGUGUCGUCAUGGAGAUCCAAGGUGUCGUCAUAGAGGCUAAAAGGAGGUCCAAACGGUUGUGAGGCCCAAAGGUGUCGUUAUGGAGAUCUGUGUGUCAUCAAGGAGGCCCAACGGGUCGUCGUGGAGAUCCAAGGUGUCGUCAUGGAGACCCAAAUGGUCGGCAUGAGGCCAAAAGGUGUCGUCGCAGAGAUUCAAAUUGUCAUGAGGCCCAAAGGGUAGCUCAUGGAGAUUCAAAGGAUCAUGAUUUAGAUCCAAGGCUUCUUCAUGGAGGCCCAAACAGUCCUCUGGACAGUGAGAUGAGAGUGAAGCCCUGAGGCGCCCUAUCACAUUACAUGGCGACACGUGCUAGCCCUCAAGGCAUCUCUUUGUGUCUGGAUCCACAUCACUUCAUGUGACACAACCUUACCUACCAGGAGGAGGAGUGGGAUUAUCAAAGUGUCAUGUGACGUUCUCCAAGUUUCAGCAACGUAAUUGGAUACCUAAAGUGCCAUACAUCAUGACCUGGUCUACUCGGACGGAUGUGUCACAACACCAGGUGUCGCGUGUUGUAUCCAGGUGUCGCGUGUUGUGUCCAGGUGUCAUGAGCCGUGUCCAGAUAACUGCUGUGUCUUGUGAGAGUCAACAGUCGACCGACACCAGGUGUUCCAUCGGCGAGACACAAGCACCAUGCGACAUGACAGCCUUCGUCAUAUUUGUGAGUCAACCUUGGCCCGACACCAGGUGUUCUUCUACGUCAUGUGAUAUGUGCGACUGUGAGAAAUGCUUUCAGAUGUGAAUUACGAGCGGGUGUGAUGAUUCCACAAGCAGUGCUGAAAACCAAGUGUGUUUAACGUGAUAUGUACAUAUUCAACGGUCCCAACUCAUGUAGAUAUCCUGUGAGAAUAACAACCUGUGUCCUGACCCUGACGUUCACCCAUUAACUUCCUUCAGUGCACGUUUCCGUGGGUAAUGAAACCAAGUCGUAGGGGUACCUGGCACUCGCUUCACUGUCACCGACUUCAUCCUCAUCCACCAGAAAAAUAGCGCAUUGAAAAAUUAGGUUAAAAUAACUGAAGAAUGAUGCAAAUAUAUUAUUGCUGGGUUUCAGUAGGAUUAUUUCCCUAGGGCAGUGGGUAGCCUAGUGGUUAAAGGGGUGGUUGGGUAGCCUAGUGGUUAAAGUGUUCGCUCGUCAUGCCGAAGACCCGGGUUCGAUUCCUGGCAUGGGUACACUGUGUGAAGCCCAUUUCUGGUGUCCCCUGCUGGGAUAUUGCUGGAAUAUUGCUAAAAGUGGCAUAAAACCAUACUCACUCACUCACUCACUCCUAGUGGUUAAAGUGUUCACUUUUCACACCGAAGGCUCGGGUUUGAUUCUCCUUAUGGGUACAAUAAGUGAAGCCCAUUUCAGUGUCCCCUGCCAUGAUAAAAUUCUUGAAAUUAAUCUAAAAGUGGCUUAAAACACUCACUCACUCUUGGACAUUUGCUGAUUGCCAUUCAAAAUGUCCUUUAAAUGAAAUAACAGAAUGCUCCAUCAAGAGUUGAAAUGUCUGAAUUUUAUUGUCUCCGAAAAUUUCCCUGACUUAAUAUAUGCACAACAGAUAUUGACACUUACUUGUGAAUAAUGUUUUGACGAAAUAUGGACAAAAUAUAUGUUGUAAUUGAUCUUACUUGUUUAUAUGAGGUUGGAUAUUUUUAAGGGAAGAGAGUGGAGUAGGUAGCCUCAGCCCAUCACACUGAAUAUCCAGUUUUGAUUCCUUGUGGGUUUUAGUGAGCCUUUCUGUCCCAUCGGUACUGCUUGUUUCUGUUCCAAAUGGUGUAUAACUCUUAAGACGUGAAUAUAUACCACUUAACUUUUGAAAGGGAUGGCAAGAUAUUCAUACUGUUUACAUAUCCAUAAUAAAUUAUCAGUUUGUUAUAUCAUGGAAUAAUAGCAAUGUCCCUAUCUGAAGUUAAGUGGUAUGCGGGUCACAAACCACACUUGUGGAAACCUUGAAAGGAUUAAAUUCACCUGUAAUGACAGCGUCUUAAUGUAGACCAGGGUGCCGUUGUACAAAGCGAUCUUAGCGCUAAGGUGAUCGUAACUCCCAUACCAUAACACAGACUUACGGCAGUCGUAGCGCUAAGGUUGUUUUGUACAACGAUGUCCAGGAAAUGGAUAUGAGUUAUGGAUCAAGUAACUUUUACCAAAUUGGUAAAGACCUGAGCCCUGUUCCACAAAGCGAUCUUAGCGCUAAGGUGAUCGUAACUCCCAUACCAUAACACAGACUUACGGCAGUCGUAGCGCUAAGGUUGUUUUGUACAACGAUGUCCAGGAAAUGGAUAUGAGUUAUGGAUCAAGUAACUUUUACCAAAUUGGUAAAGACCUGAGCCCUGUUCCACAAAGCGAUCUUAGCGCUAAGGUGAUCGUAACUCCCAUACCAUAACACAGACUUACGGCAGUCGUAGCGCUAAGGUUGUUUUGUACAACGAUGUCCAGGAAAUGGAUAUGAGUUAUGGAUCAAGUAACUUUUACCAAAUUGGUAAAGACCUGAGCCCUGUUCCACAAAGCGAUCUUAGCGCUAAGGUGAUCGUAACUCCCAUACCUUAACACAGACUUACGGCAGUCGUAGCGCUAUGGUUGUUUUGUACAACGAUGUCCAGGAAAUGGAUAUGUGUUAUGGAUCAAGUGACUUUUACCCAAUUGGUAAAGACCUGGGCCCCAAACCCACAAACCGAUGCCUGCAGAAAUAAGCUGCCUGGUUGUGUAUAGAAAAGUAUUCAUAACGGAAACUGUUAAGGGCGUAGUAUACAUCCUUGGCUCAGGCCUUUUCGUGAGUGAGUGAGUAUGGUUUUACGCUGCUUUUAGCAAUGUUCCAGCAAUAUCACGGCGGGGGACACCAGAUAUGGGCUUCACACAUUGUACCCGGGUCUUCGGCGUGACGAGUGACCGCUUAACCACUAGGCUACCCCACUGCCCCCUCAGCUCAGCGAAAGCCUUUAGUCUAUAUUCCAGUAUUGGAGUUACAAUCAGGUCAGACCCCUUCCGAUGAAGAUCAAUUGGAAAGAUUUUCUGCUUGUCUUCAUAAAUAUCUAGGCAACGCAAACAGCGUGGCGUAAUUGACUGAAUUCUGAAUCAAAAUUGAAUAUGCUCAUCUUAGACCAGUAAAAUUCAGGAAGGACAAGUGACAUUUUUGGGGGGGACUACCACCUCUAGAAUUAGCUAGAUGGCAACUUUGGCAUGUAUUUGACAUAACGCUAUCCAGAGUUUUUUUUGGAUGAAAUUCUCAACACAUGUAGGUUCCUUUCUGAUAUCAGUGACGUUCCUGAUUUUGAAAACAAUUGAUAACAUUCAAAACAUUGUUCAUGUGUGGUAAUGUACAGUAUUAUUUGUUUCAAUGGGCCUUUAUAAAUUAAUGUAUCAUAGCACCAAUUGCAUAUCAUCACAUGACACUAUUAUUGCAUGAAUAUGUCCCUGUUCCCAUAGAAACAUAAUUUAGCCAUAAAUCUCAUGUCAGUGCCUGUAAGAUAUGUUUUGGUAUUGUAAGCUGGACCACUGUUGGAAACUAAGAUCCAUUUGAAACUAUAUCCAGAGACAAGUUCAUGAAAGGGCUAAGGUAGAAUGGUCUGCCAUUCCAGUGUAGGUCCAGACAGUUUAAUUAGUGACAUAUGCCGAGUUGCUGACCAAGGUGUCCACUAUGCCAUCCAAAAAAAUACAUUAUCAUAUAAUGGGUAGGUGCCUUAUGCUACUAAGAAAAAAGGAUUUCAUUCAAUCGAAAGAAACUUAUGGAUUACGGGAAGAAAACCUGAUAUAGACUAUCCGAAAAUUGAUUAAAUUUCUUAUCUGAAAUUAUGCUUCACUUUGAGUAGGUUCUAUCAUCCUGAGAUCCAUACUCUUUUGUGUCCACUCGGACUCAUAGUACCGUAGCUAUUAUUAGUGUCCAUUCUUGUUGGCAUCUUGGAUGCAGAAUGUUACGUCCUAUCAAACCAGGCGUGAGUGAAAUGGAGACAUUUUCUUUGUGUGAAUAGGGUAAUCAAUGCUAAUCAACUGUGAUACUGAUAAAACAGGAAAUUAUUGUUAACAGGCUUACAAAUUGGACUUUAAGUGACAUACUAACAUUGUCAGUUCCCAAUAUGGUGCUGAAAUUACUCAAGAUGUGGAUGAAGUUGGUGCUUGCCUGCAGUGAAUCUUUUGACGAGGUACCUUUAAGUACCAUCAGUUUCACCGGUCCCCAUGGACAGGACAUUACAAACUGUGUGUCAAUCUUUAUUCCAUAUAGGAGUAUAUGUGAUUGUAAUAUUACCGCAAUAACGGGUUUGGGGUGGAGAAAAUGUGUCUUGAGAAGACAAAAGUUUGAUUUUUGUUUACCGAAAUUCUGACAUAACAUGUCAUUGCUUGUUUACACUUCAAAACAGUCCUCACAGCGGUGAAGCUAUACCAAAGAUAUGUCGCCUGUGUUGAUCAGUACUGCCCACGAGUCUAGGGCGGCCAUGUUGCAUGUUCCAGGAAAUGGUUGUAUAACUUUAACUCUUUCGUUGUCUGACCAAUCUCAUUCAAAUUAUUCGGUUUCAUUCUUCACCACCUCGCUUCGAUUUGUAGAAACCAACCCCAAUGAACAAAAACACUUCUUCAAUGGUACUCGUUUUGGGUUUAGAUGCCAUGUCGCGAAGAAAAGAAAAGACGGUGUAUAAAUAUCCAUAAUGAUAUGUUGGUGUGGCCUUAUUUAUCCAUAUUUGGAGCUUGUCCUGUGUUUUCGAGGUAUGUAAAUCAGAUAUGCUGGCCUGAAUGUUUCUCUCACUUGUACUGAGAAUUUAGAAUCCUCAAUGCUGAUAGGUCGAUUAUAAAGAUCAUCUGAUGCAACCUCCGAUAGGGGUGUCCUCAGAUCAUCACGGAGAGAGGUAUCAUAUCGGAGUAAAGAUCUGAUUUUAAUGAGAUUGGUGGACGUUCAAAUAAAACAAGGGAGGCAAGUUGAGCUGAAAAAUGAAAAAGGCCAUCCUUUGAGCUUCUAUCCUUCUUUAUGGACCAACUGGGACUUGACUCGGUUAUUGCUAAAUGUUGUGUAAUGGGCUGGAGCCACCGAGAAAUGGCUGAUUCAGCGUUUAUCAAUUUCCCCUUACGUUCCUAUUCUUAUGGUCAUUAAUGCCUGGCUUUCAUGGUUGUAUGAACCAGAGGGCCAUAGGUACUUUAUUUCUUGCAUUUCUCACGCGUGAACUUGUGACGCUUCCCUCACACUUCUGAAACACCCUCUUCCACCCACCGGGGACUUGUCAAGGCAUUGUCAAAGUUCGAUCACAGCAAAGUUUGAAUACAAGUUUCAAAUUGGAAUUAGAACUUUUCAAAUUAAAGUGAUAACGGUAACGGAUGCUUCAGUUUUCUGAAGGUGACUUGUAGUGCACUGAUAAUGCAAUAUGGAGCAAGAGGGUAAUAUAUCUAGUGUCACAACUGUGUCUACGUACAUUUCCGUUGAAUUUAAAUAAAUGAGGGCUUAUACAAUACUUCUUCUGACAAACUCCAGUCAUAUAAGGCACUGCAGCUCUGUGUGGCGAUGCAUCCUUUGGACAUGUCAGAAACCUAAUAUUGUGGGUUUGAAUCCUGGUUCACCCCGAUUAUGUUUCAAGGUUCGACGGAACCAUACCCAUGCUUGUGGGUUUCACACAAGCAGUAUAUAUCUGAGACCUCCAUCACUUCAGCUUUCCUAUCACAUUAGCUGACAUGUGUUAUAAAUGGAUAAGUGUUAAAAGUAGCAUUAAGUCCAACUCACUCACUCACUCACCCCGACCAACUCAUUGACCUCUGACUCUGAACCUCUUCAACCAACCCAACUCUUCUGUACUCUGUCCUAAGUCUGACGUCCGAGUAGUUUCAAAGUGUUGGUUUGCCUUUUAGAA